GAUUGGGGCUCGCAAUCGCAAAGUCACAAUUCAGUUGACGCCAUUAGCAGCUGCGUUGGGAAGCCUUGAGCUCGUUUUGCAAGCUGCGUCUGUGUGUUAUUUUAGAUGUCGACGGAGGAACAGAGCAUCGACGAAACUAACAGUUCAGAAAGCAGAGCCCAGGAUCAUGAACAGGAGGAACAAGAUGAAGAGUUACGCCUCCUUCUUCUACCCGACGUGUCCAGUCUCCCCCAAACUCCACCUUCUGCCGUUGAAUCCAACUUCGUCUCUUACUUUGCUUUAGAUUUUAUGAAGCCCGGGCACGAUCAGUACAUUUAUCGGCACGCCAAUGGCCUGUGUGUGAUCGGCUUGGCUCCUUCCCACAUUGCUUUCAAGGAUGCAGGUGGAAUUACGGCCGUGGAUUUUAAUGUUGGAAAGUCUGAUCGCAGCGAGUUUAAGGUCACAGGAAAGCGGAAGAAGAAUGCUCAACACUUUGAAUCCAACACAGCUUUGUGUAAAAUUUCUACCAGUAAUGAUUCUUUCAUAGUGAGGUGUUGUGUCAAAGGCUCUCUUUUGGAAGUAAAUCAGCAACUAAUCAAGCAGCCAGAUUUGCUUAAUACUGCGGCAGAUAGAGAAGGAUAUAUUGCUAUUAUAAUGCCAAAACCAGCUGAUUGGCUCAAGAUCAAGGCUUCACUCGUGGAACAUCAGGAGUACAAGAAAUUGAGGCAAGUCUCAUGAAACCUUUGUCUGUCCCAUGGUGGAACCUUAAAUAUCUAAAGAAGUCUCGUGCCUUAUCCAAGUGGUUCCGCGAUUUCUUUAUUUCGACCCUGGAUUGAUGGGGCGCCGAAUGCAUGCUACAAGUUGGAUGAUAUCAGAGCAGCAGGGCUGGUGUUUAGUGACACGUCAAAGGAACCUUUAUGUUGACUUUGUUAUUGUAUUUUCUGUUUUUUAAACGAUUAUCUAUCCAUGAUUUCAAUUAGUAAUAGAUUGAGCUAUGACUUCAGGCCAUUUUUUCUAGUUGUCUUAUUGAGCAGUGGCUAAAGGAGAAUAAAUUGGUAGAGGACUGCUUGUUCAUUGAAUUUGUCAUUUGUAAAUUAUGCAGUAGAUCCUAAAUAGGAUAGCACUCACUUGCAUGAACAGGUUUGACUUCAUGAGCAACGAUGUGAUCUAUAAGCUUUGUUGCUUUGUUAACAGAGCCCCUUUCUCUUUGCUC